AGGCGUAUGGCUCAACUGCGCUUCAGACAACUAUACCACAGCUGCCAAGUUGACUAAUGGAUGAGUGUCUCUAAACAGAGUUAAUUGUAUUGUUCUUUCCAGGAUCGUUACCUGCGAGCACCAGAAGUCUCGUAAUCCCAUCAACACACUACACGGGCUAUCAUACAGAAGCCUGUUGGUUGCCAUACGGAUGUUAUCGCCGAGAGUAUUACACGUGAAUUUCCAGUAGUACAUAUAUACACGUACUAUAUAUAUAAGUACUACAUAGCCUGCGGACAGAUCCGAAACAUUUCACCGUAGCAGAUUUGACGAGAGCGUGCUGGCGUUACUUUGCCAGCGGUGAUUUCCUAUAUAAACCUCAUUGCCGGUGCGGUGCGUAUUCUGCUGCUGGGAAUCUUUCAAGAUGAACGAAUAAAUUGGCCUUUCGCACCUGCUCGAUCGUUCUAAGAAAACAAGAGGGGGCAUUAUGACUUUGGUCGGUCUUGCCAUGACAAGCAUUUGUAACGUAUCGCCCAGAACGUAUGGCCUUGACGAACAAUGCACUGUUGUAUCUGCGGUGCCGACAGCCACGCUCCGUGAAGCAGACGACGAUAAUUACUUACCACAUGACUACAAUAAAAUGUACUUGAAAAGCCACGAUAAUCUCAAAGAUAAUAGUUCAGUUGAAGAGCUGGAAUUAAAAACCGAUGCCUCUCUGCAAAUAAACGAAGUAUAUGGACACGUACACCACAGGGAGCAAGACGAUCCUAACUGUUUUAGAUUUACGGCGAAAAGAAAACUGGACGAGGAGGAAGAUGACGACGACGACGUUGCUAUUGGUGGUGAUAGACAUUUUUUUGACACAAAUAGAGGUGUGAUGGAUCGUAUGCAUAUUUUAAGAAUUUCCAUUGAGAAACUGAAUCAAACUGAAGAUCCCGAGAUUUUCCUGCGGCGUUCAGUUCUCAUAAAUAAUGUAGUAAAGCGAAUUCACAAUGAACUACGGGAUGAAAGACAUAUCCACUAUGGGUUGCCUAGGAAACGUAUUCAUUAUUGCCAUCACUAUGACAAUCGUUUAAUGGGGACCCCAGUGUCAUCAUAUUUUUAUAUGGAGCCUGAUAUUGAUUCCGAUUGCAGUGCGGCAAUGAUCACGGACGACAUGACAGAGCGGUUAGUGAACAGCAUCACCGGUAGCCAUGGCAACAAUAAUGGAGAGGACAUGCCCGAGAAAACAAUGAAACAAACAUCUGCGUUGGUCGGUGGAGAUCUAGAUGGCGUUUUUUGUAAUUUAAUUUGCUCCUCCUUGAAUGAGUAAAACUUGUCAAUAGCGUUACGGUUGAAUAAUUAUCCGACAAUGAUAGUGGCUAUCAAUUCUGAAAUAACGACUAAUUAUAUUGCCUAAUGAGGGAAGAGAUGAGCGACGGGUGUUUAUGAAAAAAAUUAAAAAUCACACUAUUUGAAUGUAUUAAAAAUACAUUUUAUAUGUUUGAAUGUAACUCAAGCAAAUAAAUAUAUAUAUCACAUUA